UAUCAAGGUCAUUUUUUUUCUUUAAAACCAUUUGACUUUCAAGAUUGAUUGAUACUGUUCAAUUUGUUGUUGAAAUUUUACCAAGUGAAUAAUCUUAAAAUUAGAAAGAAAAUGUCUCAAAAGGCUCCGACAAAAAUUGAUGAUAAAAUAAAUUUUAAAUUUGAAGAAAUUGUUGACGAAUUUACAUCUGCACAACAAUCGUCAAAUUCUGCCAAUAAUGGAUGCCAUAAUGUCUCUGACGCUGAUGAUGAUACAGCGGAUCGAAUGGUUCGAUUUCUAUGCUUAACAGGACGUUUGAAAACGUUACCUCGUCGUGGAUGGAUUUUGAAUAAUCGUGGUAUACAGAAUCCUGAAUCUAUCGCUGGUCAUAUGUAUCGAAUGGCUAUAAUGAAAUUUUUAUUUGAUUUCCAUGAUGAUGAUAAUAAUGAUGGUGACUCGACUGGUUCAAAAACUACUAAAUUAGAUGCUAAUAAAGUGAUGAAAUUAUCAUUAGUACACGAUAUGGCCGAAUGUAUUGUUGGUGAUAUAACACCUAUGGAUGGUAUUGAUGCUGAUGAAAAACAUCGUAACGAAUUAGAAGUCAUGGAAAAACUAGCUUCUUUAUUGCCUUCCAAACAAUCAAAACAUUUACUUGACCUUUACCGUGAAUACGAUGCUCAUCAAUCGGCUGAAGCAUUAUUGGUGAAAGAAUUUGAUCGUUUUGAUAUUUGUUUGCAAGCAUUUCAAUAUGAACAAUAUGAAUAUCAUAAUCAUGAAAAACGAAUUGUACGUUUUGAUAGAUUUUUCGAAAUUGCCGAUGAAAACAUAAAUCAUCCAUUAUUGCGUAAAAUGCUUGAACGAAUAUUCAUUGAACGUGAUCGAUUUUGGCAUGAACAGAUAAUGUCCAAUGUAAAUAAUCAUAAAGCUGCCAAUGAAGCAAUAAUUGCUGCUAAAAAUGAUAAUCUUCCAGUAGAUUUGUUUGCUGCAAUUUAUAACAAUAACGUCAACAAUAGUCAUAAUGAUGAUGGUAAUGAUGAACAACAAACAAUUAAUUAAUAAUGAUCAAAAUAAUAACAAUGACAACGAUCAA